AAAAGUGCCACCCCUGCAACAAGCAACACCUGAUUCAUCUGUGUAGAAGAAAUAAAAAAUGUCACUGAAUACUCCAAAUUCCGUUUUGAAGGUUGAACAAAUCCAAGGUAGAGGAAGAGCAAUCAUAGCAUCUCAACCUCUCAAAGCUGGCCAAAUCAUCCUCGUCGAUUCUCCAAUCCUCCUCUACCCUGCUUCUCCUUUCUCUUCUCCCUUCUGUCACCACUGCUUCAAAUCCUCAUCUUCACUUCUUUCUUGCCCUAAUUGUAACUACCACCGAUUUUGCAAUUCAACUUGUCUCUCAAACGCUCUCAACUCCUCUCAUUCAAAUUGGAUUUGCAAUGCACUAUCGCAACUCCAACGUAAUUCUCUUCUCCUUCAACAACCUCUCGAACGACAACUCCAAGCUCGUUUUCUUGUCGCAGCUUACAAUCUUGCUAUUAACACCCCCUCUAAUUUUCAAAUUUUGUUAUCUCUUCAAGGCUCUGAAAACAACGAUGAUGCAACUAUUGCUUCGGCUCACUUCCUACACCCCCUUAUUUCAUCUUUCUUUUCGCACCCCCAUACUGAAUUGUUCACUUUACAAUUAACUUCUUCGCUUCUUGCAAAGGAUAAACUCAAUGCUUUUGGUUUAAUGCAUCCUUUCUCUGAAAAUGAUGAACUUAGGUCUGUUAGAGCUUAUGGUAUUUACCCUAAUGCUUCAUUUUUUAACCACGAUUGUCUUCCUAAUGCUUGUAGAUUUGAUUAUGUUGAUGUUAACCCGAACGAUGAUCGGGCAUUUGGAUGUAAUAAUACUGACAUUAUUAUUAGGAUGAUUCAUGAUGUUCCUCAAGGUAGGGAGAUUUGUUUGAGUUAUUUUCCUGUCAAUGAAAACUAUUCUAGUAGGCAGAAGAGAUUGUUGGAAGACUAUGGUUUCACAUGUAAUUGUGAUAGAUGUAAUGUGGAAUCGAAUUGGUCGGAUAAUGAGAGUGUGGAAGAAAAUGGCGAGGAGGAUGAACAAGAGGUUAUGGUUAUGGAUGAUGAGGAGGAGGAAGAGCAAUGUGAAAAUAUGGAACCAUCAGAAACUGAUAAUAAUGAUUUUCCACAUGCUUAUUUUUUUUUGAAAUACAUGUGUGAUAGAACUAAUUGUUGGGGAACUUUAGCUCCUUUACCACCAAAGGGUAAUGCAGUAUCUAAUGUCAUGGAAUGUAAUGUUUGUGGUAAAUUGAAAAGUGAUGAUGAUGAUUUCAAUGUUGAUAAUGAUAAAGGGCUAGAAGGUGAAGUUCCCAUGGAAGAUUGAGCUCUUAAGAUGCCAUUUUUGAAGUUUGCAUGCAAAUGGAGGGAAUUCAUCCUAGAAUUUCUGCAUAUUGCAGAGACAAAUGCUUAAAGCUCAGGAAUCAAAUGAUACUUUUAUUUAUGUUUUCUUAGAGUGUAAUGGUAUGUCCUAUGUUGUGGUUUGUUGCUUUAUUUGAAAUUCUGCUUUAAAAUUGCCGGCAAAACAUUAGGAUCUCCAUUUUAAAAAAUAUUCUUUUGGAUAAACAAUAGUCUCUUGAUUGAGGGCUAUGUGUUUUGCAGUGUUUAUUUUUUUAUAUUAUUUUUGUAAUAAUUUAAAUAAAUUAAGUUAAUUAGUCAAGAAAAUGGACAAAUAAUUCAAUAUAACUCAAACAAGGGUUGGUACAUCUUGUUGGACCUUCCGUUUGCA